CGAUCCUCUUCUAGGAUUGCCUCAUACAAUACCCUCUACAAAGCGGUUUUCACUUGGUUUCCUUUCCUUUUUCUGAUUUUUCUUUCCCCCCGAGUCCCGCUAAAACUCCCAGCUCGACUCUCGACAGCCGAUGCGACUACGAUAAAGUGAGCUUUCCCUGCUACACCACAGCUCCCAUCACGAUCUCCCAAAUCUGUCAAAUUUUCAACCCACGUGCAACCAGCCACAAUUCUCCGAUCUGAAUCUGUGCCCUUUUGGGCUAUUUGAAAUCGGUGGCGAUAGCCCUUCGACGUUGGUUAAUAACCAAGUGCCCCCCCCCGAUUUACCUCCGCGCAACUUAGCGACAACCGGAUUUUCAAAUAGAACGAAAGCCAGAAUGUCCCACCAUCCGGCCUCAUUUAUUGACCAUGAUUUCGGUUCUGAAGAAGAAGACGAUGACUUCAACCCGGCACCGGUAGAGGAGUCCGAUGCUGAGGAUAAGGAGGUGACAGGAGAGAAGCGCCGCAGCGCUGAUAGAGAUGUUGAAGAUGCCGAUGGAGAGGGCGUUGAAAAUGCUGGCGGUCUUGUAGAGAAGCACGAAGAUGAGGACAAGGAUGGCGAGGAUGAAGAGCACGUAGGCGAUGAAGAUGCCGUUGGGAAGAGAGACGGGAAUGGUGAAGAUGAAGAAGACGAGGAUGAGGACGAGGAGGAGGAAGAAGAAGAAGAAGAAGAGGAAGAGAUCACUGGUCGACCACGAAAACGUAGACGAGGCGGACUGAAUAAUUUCUUCGAGGAAGAAGCAGAAGUUGAGGAGGAAGAAGAAGAUGUCGAGGAUGAAGAAGAAGAGAUGGAAGCCGAAUUCGUUCAUCCUGAUGACGAUGCAAUCCUGCCCGCUGGCGCCGAGACCGAUGAUCGAAGACAUCGUGAGCUCGAUAGAAAACGAGAUCUUGAGGCAUCCAUGGAUGCAGAAAAACAGGCUCAAGCCUUGAAAGAGCGAUAUGGACGAAACCGUGCCGCCGCCUCUGACUUGGUAGUUGUUCCCAAGAGAUUAUUGCUGCCAAGCGUCGACGAUCCGAGUAUCUGGGCUGUCAAGUGCCGGCCUGGAAAGGAGCGGGAGAUAGUCUUUAAUAUAAUGAAGAGAAUAGAGGAGCGUCAUUCUGCUUCAAGGAACCCCAUUCGGAUUACAUCUGCGUUUGAGCGAGGCGGAACUAUGAGCGGCUACGUUUACGUUGAAGCUCGCAAGCAGGCGGAUGUCAUGGACGCUUUGGACAAUUUAUCGAACGUGUUCAUUAGAUCCAAAUUGACUUUAAUCUCUGUCAAGGAAAUGCCUGAUCUUUUGAGGGUCCAGAAAUCGGAAGAAUUGCAGCCCGGAGGUUGGGUCCGCAUAAAGCGAGGAAAAUAUCAAGGCGAUUUGGCGCAAAUCGAAGAGGUCGAAACUAAUGGGCUCGAAGUUACCGUCAGGCUUGUACCUCGUCUCGAUUACGGUUUAAAUGAUGAUGUCCAGAUUCCAAACGGCGAUACAAAGCGGAAGCGACCUGGCGGCAAAAGUGCUGUCGCCCGCCCACCACAGCGCCUGUUCAGCGAAGCAGAAGCGAAGAAGCGACAUGGCAGAUACUUAUCUGCUGCCGCUGGGCUCGGAGGUAAAUCAUGGACUUAUCUUGGCGAUACCUAUAUCGACGGGUUCCUCAUCAAAGACAUGAAAAUCCAACAUCUUAUUACCAAGAAUGUUAAUCCCCAGCUUGAUGAAGUUACCAAAUUUGCACGCGGUGCUGAUGAUGGUACUGUCAACCUGGACCUUGCUUCGCUGGCAGCUAGUCUCAAAGACACUACGGGUGAAGACUCCUAUGUGCCGGGAGACACGGUAGAAGUCUUUAGCGGGGAACAGAAAGGUGUUGUUGGCAGGGUUAUUGCCGGUCGCGCAGACAUUGUUUCCAUCAAGGUCGUCGAAGGUGAACUGGAGGGUCAGAGGCUUGAGGUUCCUGUUAAAGGUUUAAGAAAACGAUUCCGAGAAGGCGACCAUGUCAAAGUUAUCGGUGGCAGCAAAUACCGUGACGAACUCGGAAUGGUUGUCCGCAUUAAGGAUGACCGGGUUACUUUGCUCACUGAUAUGAGCAUGCAAGAGAUCACAGUUUUCAGCAAAGAUUUGAGGGAAGCGGAAGAUGUUGGCGUCGAUGGAAAACUAGGCCAGUACGACGUUCAUGAUCUUGUACAACUUGACCAAACCACCGUUGGUUGUAUUAUCAAACUCGAUCGGGAGUCGAUGAAGGUGAUCGACCAGCACGGAUCAGUUAGGAACCUUCUCCCAUCUCGAGUUUUGGGAAAGAUCGAGCAUCGUCGAAAUGCAGUGACUACUGAUAGAAAUGGUGCUGAAAUCAAAUAUGGAGAUACUGUCCGCGAGGUUGCAGGCGAGCAAAGACUAGGUGUGAUUCUUCAUGUCCACCGAGCUUUCCUCUUCUUGCAGAGUAAGGUGGUCGGUGAUAAUGCCGGUAUUAUCGUUUCUAGAGCGUCUAACGUUGUGACUGUUGCUACAAGCGGAGGAAGUCUGGCGCCCCGAGGCCCUGACUUGUCGAAAAUGAAUCCCGCGCUGCAGAGGAACGGUAUGAAUGGUAGUGGUAUGCCGCCGCCUCGAACUGUCGGAAGAGACCGGACGGUUGGCAAGACGGUCACUAUCCGAAAAGGUCCAUACAAAGGACUUCUUGGUAUCGUUAAGGAUACUACGGAUGAUAUUGCGAGAGUUGAGUUGCAUUCGGUCUCGAAAGUUGUUCCUGUCGAGAAGGAAAACCUCACAAUCAAAGACCCGAUAACCGGUCAGCCAAUUGAUCUUCGCCAAUUUGGGCGAGGAGCCGGUCGUGGUGGCCCUCGAACCCCUCAAGGCACGUCUGCCGCCCCUCCGAGGGCACAGAGUGCUUGGCAGGGCGGCAGAACCCCUAUCGCGGCGAACGAUUCUUCUCGAACUCCUGCCUGGCGUGCUUCAUCAUCACGAACUCCUGCAUGGAAUGCAGCCGCAAGCGGUGCUCGCACCCCAGCAUGGAAGACAGACGGCUCCCGAACAGUGAACGCCUAUGAUGCUGGAUACAAGUCAACUCUUGGAAGUCGGACACCUGCUUGGGCUGCCGGCAGCAAAACUCCUCAUCAUGCGUCGUCUGGAUUCGGUGGAUCGUCUUCAAGUUCGGGUUUCGAUGCCUUCCUUGCCGGGGCGCGUACUCCUGCACACACAGGCGCUCUUGGCGGUUCUCGCACACCCGCUUGGGGCCAUAGUUCCGGUUCUAGUGGCAAGGCCUUUGAUGCUCCCACUCCGGGUGGUGACUACGCAGCCCCUUCUCCUGCUGCCUUCGGGACCGCGCCAACACCCGGUGCAACUGGGCCCACGCCUCGUCCAUGGAAUGACGCCGCCCCAACCCCCGGAGCAACAAGCGCGCCCACACCGGGUGCUUCAGGGUACCCUAGCACUUCUACUUCUGCGGGUGGGAUGGGUUUGCCUGCUACACCUGGUGCACUUGAUGACGGAGGACCACGAUACGAAGAAGGGACACCCAGUCCGUGAUUCGGCAUUUCUCUUCCUUCGUCAGUAGCGGCUCUUGUCCGCAAGCCUUCCAUCGCUUUCACGAGGACAUUAUGGCUAGAUUAGAAAUGAAGAAUAUUUUCCCUUCAGAUUUCCUUCCUAUCUCAAAAAUAUCGCGGGCGCCUUUUCCUCUCCAUAUUUUUAUCCUUUUUUUAUUCCUUCAACUUCGGCGCGUGGACGUUGCAUUCGUUUCUUUAUAACAAUUUGUUUCCCCGAGGUUGGGUAACGGCAAAGGACACGGAAAUCAGGAAAAUUAGCCAUUUUCUCUUCAAUUAGAUAUUACUGUACACUGUUUUUUUGUUUGCAAUUUGUAUUUUUAGCAAUGAUUAGCCAAUAGCUACUAUGUCUACGAACUGAAGCUUCA